UAAUAAAUGUAAUUCAAUAGGAAUUGACUUGUGCCGUUGAGAUCGGAUUAUGAUGGACCAACUUUUUCUGAAAUUCUUUAAUACCCAAAACUCAUAUUUUUUCUUUAAAUUUUCGACUUCUGUGAAAAAAGUUUUUGUGGGUAUGCGAUAAUUCUCUUAAAGUGAAAAAAGAAAUAUGGAGGAUCAAGUAAAGAAUGUGGUAGUAGUGGGAGUUAUUUCAUGGUCAAUAUCAUUUCUGUUGAUAAGAAAUUUUUUGCCAAACCGUUCUUUUGGAUUCUGCAAUCGACUUGUUUCUUCUAUGCAUGCAAUUCUAGCCGUGACUUUAGCUUCACUGUCUGUUGAAGAAUGGAGCUGCCCUGUUUGUCCUGUGGCUUCAAAUUCUUCUUCUAAACAGGUGACAACAUUAGCUGUGACUCUAUCUUAUCUUAUCUACGAUCUGAUAUGUUGUCAGUUUGACAAACAAUUUAGUCUUGAUAAUACCAUUCACCAUUUCGUUAGCAUUGUUGGAAUUGGCGCAUGUCUUGCCUAUGGAAAGAGUGGUUCAGAAUUGGUGGCUGCAUUGUGGGUAUCAGAACUCUCUACUCCUUUUCUACACUUCAGAGAACUCAUUAAAGAAUUAGGCUACAAAGAUACUGAUUUAAACUUGGCUGCUGAUAUUUCUUUUGCAGUAGUAUUUUCAGUUGCAAGGAUGGUACUGGGAUCUUAUGUAACUUGUGUUACUGUUGUAGCAAACAAUCCUCGUAUCAUACAGGCCAUGGCAGUGGGAUUGCUGCUCCUCAGCUCAUUCUGGUUCUACAAGAUUGUGAGAAUGAUCAAAUAUAAACUGAAAAGGAGGUCUUCGACAAACACAAAACUUGCUUGAAACUACAAGCAUAUUAUCAGUGGAUGCGCAGCUUGAGCAACAAAUAAAUUGCAACUAUUAUUAAGUAAUUUUCAAACUUCAACGAUUAUGCCAAGACUGAAUUUUGUUAUUGUUAGUUUAAUUACUUCAAUGAAGUUUAUAUUCUGAGA